AUGCAGCGGCCUUUAUUCUUCAAUGCUUCACAUUUUCUCAGGAGAGCAAGCGAACAACACGAAGACAAAGACAAAGAAAUGAAAGGAGUUAGUAAAGAUGAAGACAACCAAGAAGGCAUUUAUUUAAAUGAAAAUGGUACGUUGAAAUAGAGUCUGAAAGGAAUUAACUGCCCACAAACAUCAUGCCGUAUUUUAACAAUAUAACUGCUGCCAGAAACAGUCGUUUUAUGCUGUUUAAAGACCCCUAUUAAGGUUUCUUCAAAUUUGACUUCUGGGACAGGUGGCGCAGUCGUCAGAGAAAGCGCCUUUCACCUCUAUAAAAGCCCAUUCCCACUCAAGAAAAAUUUCCACGGACAGAAAAUUCUCCGAAAAUAUCAUUGUUAAAAGUUGAAAAUUUUUUCCGAUUGAAAAUUUGUGUCGGCCAUCGCAUUUUACAAAAUUUUCUUUCUGCGGAAAAUUUUCCUCGGCGGAAAUGGGCCUUAAUUAAGAUUGGGGUUCUAUUAGCCAUUCCGAAGUUGAUGAGAGGACUGGGGACGAGUGUUAAAAAGUGCCCAAAUUAAGAAAUAAACUAAAUGACUAAAAAGACCACCUCAAAAUUAGUAAGUAUACAAAGUUUGAAGACGUUUACAUGAAUACCCUUCGAAUAAUAAGCUUUCGAAAAUUGUGAAAUUACUGAUUAAAAGAUUGUUUUUGGGACGCGCGUCCCAAAAACAAAAAUUACAAUACACUGUACAUUUCAUAGUAAAUAUCACCAUUUUCGAAAGUUUAUUAUUCGAAGGAUAUUCAUGUAAACGUCGUCAAACUUUGUAUACUUACUAAUUUUGAGGUGGUCUUUUUAGUGAUUUGGUUCAUUUCUUAAUUUGGGCACUUUUUAACGCUCGUUCCCAGUCCACUCAUCAACUUCGGAAUGGCUAAUUCUUGCUAUGUGAACACUCUGUCGAAAAGUCGUGGCUUUUCUCCAGGCGUUCUGAUUUUCUCCCACAUUGAACCAUAGAUAUCUUAUAUACACUAGAUAGCGCAUCUCUUUUAGUAAUAUUGGAGCCAAGAAUAUUCCAGCGGUUACCCCCAUUUGAAUAGAUGGCGGCCAUGUUGGAUUUUCCCACUCGCUAAUAAACGCUUAAAAAACAACAAUAACUUUCAUCAUCCGAAUAAUUUGAAAAUGUAUUAGGAAUAGGUUUAACUUAAUGUUUAAGUUCCCUGUUUAAGAAAUAGAAAACAUACGAGUCUUCUCAUUUCAUGGGAAUAUCCUGAGUCUGCAAUCACGGCUUCAAUUUUUGAAUUGCAGAAUAAUUAGAUGCACUAUCUAGUGUAUAUAAGAUAUCUAUGCAUUGAACGUUGAUAGGAUGGAUUAGGUUCGUGAAAGAUUGGGGGUGCAUCCGUGUAUGUGAUGCUGUCGAUACAAAUAACAGAACCGCAAUUUCAAUCGCAAAUAAUUUUAAAUUUUCUUAUUAAGUCGAGGAAAACGUGCAUCCGCCUGUUCCGAUUGCAGAAUUUGAACAUUAUGUGAACGAAAUGAAAGCAAACGAAAAUUACGAAUUCCAAAAAGAAUAUGACGUAAGUAACGGAAACACUUGGAAAAUUGCAUAUCGUAGAAGUGGGCAUAUAUAUUUAUUCUUUGAACACUGAACCCCUGUUCAGCCAUUAUUGUGUAUUUUUGGUAAAUUUAUAUUGUUAUUUCUCGGAACAGGAUUUGCCCUCAAACACAAAUACAGCCUGGGAAGUGGCUAAGAAGCCGUUCAAUAAGCAGAAAAACAGAUAUGGAAAUAUCGUAACAUGUACAGUAUAUAAGACAUUUUUACAUACUUUUCAUUAGUGUACAUAACUAUUGCAAUAUUUUGUAUGCCGUUAUAUCUUAAAUGGGAUUGUUUUUUGAUCAUUCUAGAUGAUCAUUGUCGCGUUGUUCUCUCGGGAGAUGAAAAGGACGACUACAUCAACGCUAGCUACAUAGACGUAAGUUCUUCAUUAAUUUCCCCAUUGAGCUAGUUUUCUUAGUUCCUUUUUAAAAACUCAUCAAGACCUUAAUUUCCCUCAGUCCAUUACCUAAUGACAUAACUUCAUAAAAGUACGAAACAGAAUAAAAUUCAAUCUUUGGACAAUCACCUUGAGUCGGUUUUGGAGAACUUUAAGACACACGUACACCACGAAAUGAAGUCGAGUUCCCCAGGAAACCUCACAGUGCAUAAAAAGAACACCCAUUUAUUUAUCUAGGAUACCCACACCACCGUAGUGGGGUACUGCGGUUAUAAAUUACAGUAGUACAGUAUUUCGCGAUAUAUAUAUAUAUCUACAUAUAAUACUGACAUAAUUUUGAUAUGCCGGAGUCAAUUAUAAUUCGAUUGUACAGGUUGCGAGAUGGAAGUAAAAAAAUUGAAAGCAAAGCAUAAAAAAGACUUUACUUAUAAAUAAUUAUGUACAUAACGACUUUUUAUGGCGGUUUGAAGUUUGAUAAUGCCCUUAAGUGAAAGUAUACCCUUACUAGAAUGUACCUUUAAUGUGCAUUAAAAUGUGCCUUUAAUAUUGAAUUAAUAUUUUCUAUUUAUAGGGAAUCAAGGAAAACUCAUACAUUGCAACUCAAGGUGAGCUACUGCUAGGUGGUUUAUAGAAGCAUGUACGUGUUAGCAUAGAGCAUAGGACUGUAUAUAAAUUGCAGUUGUUUCCAGUAAAUAUGAACAAAUUAAAGAUCUUUUUCACUUUCCUCAUUUUGAAAGGUCCUACUUUAGUUACUUUAAAUGAUAUGUGGCGAAUGGUUUGGGAACAACGCAGUUAUUCCAUUGUGAUGGUGACCUCCCUUGUUGAACUUAGAAAGGUAAGUAUGUUUUUACUGCCCUUUCUUUAUAUAUGUUAUACAGUAUCGGCACUAUUUCUAUAUUGGAAUACUGCAUGUAUAUAAUUUAUGUAUCUGAUCUUUUCCAGCCGAAAUGCGACAAAUAUUGGCCUGACGAGGGAACCGAAAAGUACGGAGAUAUUGAUGUAACUUUGAUGAAGAUUGAAGAGUUUGCUUAUUAUAUCAUACACACUUUACAGCUGAAAAAGGUAGAAAAGAAUACAAUAAGUGUGUUUUGUUUUCGACAUAUUAACCAGGCCCAACGGAGAAGAAGUAAACUUAAAAUAUGUAACACAUUUUAAAAAUGUUUUGGUCCGUUUUGAAAAGAUUGUUCUAUUGUACCGUUACAUGGUUUUGCUGUUCUCUAUUUUGAGUCGUUUUAUUUUCUGCUUUCAAUUUUUGUGGCGCAGCUGUCUUUCAGCUUUGGGAUUCGAGUUCGAAUACCUGCAAUAUCCAGACAUGUUUGAAAACUUUUCCCAGUUUGAUUUUACCAAACACCACAGAUUUACCAUCCCCCCAGUAUCUUAUACUCCUGUAUUAAUCAAAAACGUUUUUGAGGGUAAUUUUGAAACAACUGCAUAGCGAUAUUACAUUUAAUGAUUCACGUCGUGUAAUAAAUGUAUAAUAUCGCUAUCAUUUGUUUCAAAAUUAUUUCCUGUUUUAAUACUGGACAAAUUAGAAAGUACAUUAUUACUAAACCUCUGGAGAGUUUGAUUAGUUUAGAUUUCCUUCUAUUGCAAUGCUGGACCAAUAAAGGAAUGGCCUUUAAUACCCGGAUAAAAAUAAUUAUGCUACGUGUUAAAUUACUUUUAGAGACUCAUUAAUAAUUCAUGAGGAAAACACAAAGAAAAGUCAUAAGCGUGUCGUAUCUUUAUAUGUGAUAGAGAUUUCCCUUGAUUUACAUAAACUUUAACUUUGAUUUUCUCGAUUAACACAACGUAUUUUUUUAAUAUUACUUCGCCAAUGAACUUACUAGAUCGAUCAUUUUUGAAGCAAUUUAAAACAUUUGCAGUGCGUGUAUUAUCAGACCUAAAGAUACUCGGCUUCGACUCGUAUCUUUAUAUCUAUCUCGUAUCUAAAAAUUAUGUUUUUACAUAAAUAACGCCUUCUCGUUAACAUUUGCAGUAAAAGUUAACUACUGUACCUCUGUUUAAAUAACGCUGUUUAGGACGGAGAAGAACGCGAAGUGCGACAUUACUUCUUUCAAUCUUGGCCUGAUCACGGUGUACCUAAAUAUCCCACUCAAAUCCUGGCUUUCAGAAGACAUUUCAGAACACAUCAUAUGGAACAAUCUGGACCAAUUAUUGUGCACUGCAGGUCAGAUUCAGAUAAAAAUUCUUUAUAUUUUUGCAUCAACAAGGUUUUUCUUGUCAUUGAAGCCACCACUCGUAAUCUUAUACUCGUUUAUAAGUCAAUUGUGUGA